AUGGAAACCUGGUCAGUGCUCAUGGUGGAAAGUGAUGCCGCCAAAGAGUCCAAGCUGUCAGAUCUAUUGGUGCGGUAUCUGGAACCACAGCAGUUGUCUCUGCGCUGUGAGUCGUGCAAGGCCGAAAGGACUGGAAAUCUGCACGUUUCCAUUGAGGGUUUGCCAGAAGCAGUUCUUUGUGGAUUUACAAGAGCUGGUGCAAUAACCGAAGAUGGCGUGCAACUACGUCAUCACAGCCCCAUUGACUGCGAGGCAGAGCAGCAACUUGGAGGCGAAGAAUGUGGUCUCGUGGCACUCGUGGAGCAUGUCAGUGGGGAGGCUGGUGAGUCGCGGUCAGGCCAUUUCGUUACGUGGGCCAAAGAAGGGACUGGGUGGAAAUGCUGCGACGAUGCAAUCGUCAAGCUUCACCCGAAGCUACCGAGAACAGUUCCUUCGAACGUCGUCUUAGCGUUCUACUCCAAACGGCAAGCCGCUGCGCGCGAAGCCAGGGAGUUGCCAGCACCCUCUGCCGGCCAGACUCAGACUAUCCGCGCAUCUCAGGAACCAUCCGCUCAAGUCGCAGAGUCAGUUGAAGCGUGCGCAAGCACGCCCAGAAGCAGGCAAGCUCGCGAAACUGCCGAAAUGCCGCAGGGCUUGCUGCCUCAAGACAGCGACGGCCAUCUUCAGUUUGAAGCUUCCGUCGCGGCAUUGCUGGAAACAUACAAGUCCGGUGAAGAUUGCGCGCCGACGCUGGCGUCCUUGCCUUUGUAUUCUUGCGAAGUUCUUGAUCCUUCCUGGAGCGACUUGCGUGGUCGACUUGACAGAUGCUUGCAAGAAUAUGUGCAAGGCAAGAUCGUGGCGGCCGACGCUGUCUAUCUGGCGACCCCCAUCUGGAGGACAACUUUUUUCCCUAUCGCAGUCCUGCUAGAGGCCUGGUCGCGAACGACAGGAUUGCCGACCCUCUUUUACAUCGAUUCCUUCUUCGCGCUGUUGGCCAGCUUGUUGAACAAGCAAGUGAGUUAUAAUGUUGCAGGCUUCGAUGUGCGAGCAAGAUACUGGGCCGUCGGCACGGCGUCGCCGGGCUCCGGCAAAAGCCCGGCUCUGGAUCCAAUGAAGGAGGCGCUGUUGGAGGUUUUGCGGGAAGACCCCGACCUCGCGCCGGGCGGGCCCGGUGACGGUUUCCACGUGCAACCGGUGGGCACCCAUGCUGCCGCUGUAGACAGACUUCGAUGCACAGGAGGUUACCAAUUUAUCGGAGCAGGGGAAGGAGGAACGCACAUUAACUGGCAAAGAUAUUUGGACGCAGCUACAGGUGGUCCAGUUCCCUGGGAAACAGCAGUGGAGCGACAGGCACGUCGACGCAGUGCAGCCGCGGAAGAGCACGAUGUCAAUAUCGUCGAUGAAACAAACGUGUCCGUCGUCAUUCUCCAGCAAUGGUCCUUGCUGCCCACAUGGUGGGCAGCUUCAGAAGAAAAGUGCAGCAUCGGCCUGGCUGGGCGCUUUGUUUUUUCCUUUGCUGCUGCCGGCGAGCCUGGGCCUCCGCAAACAGCACAGUUUGGACAGCAGGUUGCCCUGCCUAUCCUGAAACGCAUCUUCCGAAUUGUGCUGCGAACCUUGGGGCCACACUCUCCACUGCCCACCGAUAGCCCUCUGCUGAGUUGGGUCGCAGACGCCGAAGGAUUGCAGGCCGUGUACGAGUUUCGGCUGCUGUGUUCUGAUCUAACCAAAACUCUCGACAUGGACGAGACCUUUGCGUCUUGUGUCAACAAGUCUGGCUACUGGCUGACGACUAUUGCUUUUUGGACAAGCGUCCUGAGCCAGGUCUGGCCGCGCGCAGCAGGCGGCCGAGACGAUGUCGUUCUGCAUGCACAAGUGCAGCGUGACUCGUUGAAGCUUGCCAUGGAGUUCUUUACUUCCAGGUUUUUGCAAGGUGCAGCAGUGCUUUCUGCAGAUGUGCGCGGUCGCACCUGGGUCAGGAAGCGGCCGCCUUGCAUCGCCAAAGCGAGCCAGCGGUGGAACCUCGCUGCAUUGCUGCUUCUCAAGAGUUCGUGCGGUGUCAGCAUAACAGCAGCCGUGGCCUAA